GCGUCGCCCUCGAGUUGAUCGGGCGUGUCGCGUGCUCCUCUUGGAAAUAUUACGGUAAUUUAAGAUUCGCAGCAGAUACGCUGUCAAGAAAAAGGCUUUGGUCGCCAUGUUGCCCAGCGUUGUGUUAUCGUUAGGCCUGCUACUUUUGGUGGCUCCUGGAAAGGCGCAAACUGAAACAGAUGCACCAACGACGUUAACAACCAAAGCCCCAAGCACCACCACGCUACCAUCAAGCACUGUAGUCUGGGUGACGGAACCGUUGAACGAGGGACAGGCUAUCCAGAAGGCUCUGCAGUACCUCCUCCAACAUCGGCAACCUGAUUGGGGCUGGGCCAAUGACACCCACCAUGUCAUGCUCACUUUACAGUUGGCAAAUAACACUGGAAAGGAAAUAGAACAACAAGGCAUGGAGAUGCAGCUGUCGGCUAAGCAGAUGGAAAUUGAGAUCUUACUUAUGAUGUCCAAGCACCAUGAAUCUCCACCCCCAUUGGGACGCCUUGCUGCCUACACUUUAGCUCUGGGCGCCCUUUGCAAAGACCCUCGGUCGUUCCACGGCAGGGACCUGGUAUCUGCGCUCCUUCAUCGUGAACCACCCCAUGACCUGGAGUUUGCGUAUGCCACCCUUGCUGCCUGCUCUUCCGCAGCUCAUGUCCGCCGGCGCCAUAUUCGUCGACUACUGGAUAUUGCAAAUGCCGCUGCUGAUCACAGUUUAGACACAAUAUCUAUGGUAAUACUGGCGCUUCGCUGCGUGGUUCAAGACCAUAGACACCGUAGUCUAUUGCACUUCGUCCGUCGCCCCAUGGCCGGUCUAGCUCGUCAGCAACAUCCCGACGGCAGCUUUGGAUCACUCACCACUACAGCUCUUGCUAUUCAAGCCCUCGAAGACUCAGACAGCGGUCCAGGCGCUCACCAGCAUUGGAGUCUACCGGCAGCGCGUAAGUGGCUUCUUGAGCGUCAGGAAGCAGACGGAGGCUGGGGAGAUGUGGAGAAGACCGCUGCAGCUGUUGCAGCAUUGACACCUGCGUCUUUAGCUGCUGUACGGCCACCGCACUGCAGUGAUAAGCUAUUGGACAGUCGUCAUGAACCUUUUGAGAAUGGAGGAGAUGGAAACUUGAAGGUGGCUUAUCAGUCAGGGCACGCCGGCAACGAAUCUGACGCUCGCAACGUCUCUUUUACAUACACACUGUGGUUAGGCACAAAUGUCACUGAAAAUUACACCCUGUACAUGGUUGCUCCAAGGAACGUAUCGUUCUACCACGUGAUGCAAAUGGCGGCUGAGCAAGACCCGAAGUUCAAGUUCGAGGCCAGUGAAUGGCCAAAUGGCCACUACGUCCACACCUUGGCUGGUCACAAGGAGGAGCCCAUGGGAUAUCACUACUGGCUCCUCUACCGUCUCCCAGAAGUGCCUGACCCCGCCAGCCCACCUGGAAACCAGCUCGUCGCCCCCGUUGGCGUUGACGAUUUGCUGGUUGAAGACGGCGAACACUAUUUAUUCUGGUAUAAGAAAUUGUAAAAAAAUAAAGUUUCCCAAAUCGAAGUGAUACCUUGUAGCAUUAGAAAAUAACGUAUUACAACUCGUAAUAACAUUCUUCCAAACAUAAUAUAGAUAUACCAAAGAAUGUUAAUUUUACUCAAUUUACUGUAGUCAUAGUUUAGUAUUUUAUUUACUUAAUGCAAUUACGAAUAGAACGCAAGUAUGCCGUGAAGUUAGCGUCAAGUUGGAAGUUGGCUAACUUCGCAGCUUCGUAGGUUUGAAUAUAACGCGUAAAUCGAAAAAUUUCCCUACUGAAAGAGCACACCAAUUACAAAAAAAUAUUUUAACGCUACGGCGAUGUCGUCACGCUGCACCGACUCACACGGCUAAGUCUACUAAGUCGGAAUUUUCCGUGGACCUUUAAUAUCUCAAUGAUUUUUUAUUUUAGGACUAAAAUGAAAACAUUGAUUUUCAAAUUACAAAACAACAUGAUGCAACAAUAUUUUAGAGCGUAUAUUAUUGCUGUUUGUCUAUUAUCUGUCAGAUUACAAAUUAUAAAUACUGAUGAACUAAUAAUUAUCCAGUAAUCACAUACAGACAGAUUUAAUUUACCAAUUUUCAUAUAUUAUUGUUUUAUUAUUUGGUCUUGGAAGGGUCGUUCACAAAAAAAAACCUAAUGAAAAAUGUUCCAUAAAAAACUGUUAUUGGUGUGAUGUUAAAGGGAGCUUUAUAGAAAUAAUAAGUGGCAAAAAGUGUAGGCUCGAACGUCAAAUUACACUUGACAGCCAUUGUCACAUUUCACGUUUGACACCUGUCAAACUCAAUGUAGAGUUGGGCAACGCAGAUGCAACUUCACGGCGACAUUAACAAUUUCUCUAAUAUUUUAACUGUACAUUCCAUAGUGUUUAGUUGUCACUUUCUAGGACAUAUGGAAAACAUAGACAUAAGUUUAAAAACUUAGUAAACCUCUCUGAUCAUAUCAACGUUCAAUAGUUGUUAAAUUGUUACAUGUUGUUACUCGUAGGGAUAUGUUUUUCACUUUGAAAUAGCAUGUAGAACACAUAAUAUUUAAACAAAUUAGUUGCCCCUAAACCUACCUAUUGCAAAACUUUAUUCUAUCGUUUUAGUUCAAAACUGCGUAAUAAACAAUACGCACAAAUACACUUGAAUCUCUGCUAAUAUAAAAGCACCCCUACACUGUCAAAUAUAUGCCAAUUUUAAUAAUUAGUACAGAAUUUAAUACCAAAGAGAAUUUUGCCAUACAAUAAUUCGAAAGAAAGCAAAAAACAGAUGUUUGUAAACUUUAAAUAUUAUGAUGACUCGUCACAUUACGUGUCUUGCUUUAUAGUGAACGUAUAGAAACGCUGAUAGACUAAUUUAUCAUUAUUUAGCAAUCCAGAAUAUUCAUUUAUAAUAAAUUAUUGUAAUCUUUGCUUCUAUAAGUUAAUUUUAAGUCCUAAUUUUAUAAUCAUUUUAGGAGACUGAAUCCCUUCAUGUUAACAUUAGUGUAACAUUUUUAUUGUACCUUUUAAAUGAUUCUUAAUAAAUUAUUAAACUUA